AGUGUCUCGUUGCCGGACUUCCUGUUUAUGUCUAUCUGUUGAAUGGUGGAAAGGAAUGAGGUCCUCGGAUAAUAAUAAAACAACAGACUGAAACCGGACAGACGUUAACUCAAAAUGAGUUGGAUUCCCUUUAAGAUUGGACAGCCGAAGAAGCAGAUUGUCUCUAAAACUGUUGAACGGGACUUUGAGCGUGAAUAUGACAAACUCCAAAAGCUGGAGGAUCAGACGAAGAAGCUUCACAAGGACAUGAAGAAAAGCACUGAGGCUGAUUUAGCCAUGUCCAAAGCUGCUGUGAAGAUCUCUGCAGACCUGCUGAGUAAUCCUCUGUGUGAGCAAGACCAGGCCUUCCUGGAGUCCAUGACUGCGUUAGAUACAGCCAUGAAAAGGAUGGACUCCUUCAACCAGGAGAAGGUCAACCAGAUCCAGAAGACAGUUAUUGACCCUCUAAAAAAGUACAGUGGUGUCUUCCCCAGCCUCAACAUGUCAGUGAAACGUCGGGAGCAGGCACUGCAGGACUACAAGCGACUCCAGGCGAAAGUGGAGAAGUAUGAAGAGAAAGAGAAAACAGGCCCUGUGAUGGUCAAACUGCACCAGGCCAGAGAAGAGCUGCGACCUGUGAGGGAGGACUUUGAGUCAAAAAACAAGCAGCUUCUGGACGAGAUGCCCAAGUUCUACCACAGCCGCAUCGAUUACUUCCAGCCCAGCUUCGAGGCCCUCAUCCGUGCACAGGUUGUCUAUUUCACCGAAAUGUACAAGAUCUUCAGUGAGUUAACAGAGCAAAUAGACCAGGCGGGGCUGACUGAUGAGCAGAGGGAGAGGGAUACGGAGGCCAAGCUCAGCGAGCUGCGAGCUCUGUCCAUCGUGGCUGACGAUUGAAGGAUCAUGAUGGAACAUCAUGCACCAGAUUGUUUUUUUUUAUUUUAGGCUGUUUCGUAUGUUUAAAUGGACAACAGUGGCCUUAAAUUGAUAAUUUUGCUUUCUCGCCACCUCAUCUCCUUCCUGUGUUUGAUUCACUCCACAAAGACAAAGAAGAGUAGCUGAAAUGCCUCAUUUUGAAAUAACUUUUUUUUUUGUCAGGAAAUCAAACUUCUGUUUGAGCUUUGUAACUAGAUCACGUCAAUUUGAGAAACGAGACAAGGUUUGUUUGUUAAAAUGAGACACUCAAUUUCUAAAUUUAGAUUGAAUUUCUGUGAUCUGACCGUUAAUCUUUAGUUACUGUCAAACUGGUCAAACUGGACAUUGUUCCUAAACUUAACAUGAAAGUUAAAAAAAAUAUGUUUACGAAGUGCUGCACCAAUGUGCAGCAGCAGCAUUGGUGAAAGGUCGACCUGUCACAUUAGCUGAGUCCAAUCACUGUCAAAUAAGCAGGCUGGUGCGUCCUCUGGUGGGGAAUAUUGAUAAUGACAUUUCUGAUUUCUUUGUUCUAUUGCGGGAAUUCGGCAGUCCCAUUUCUUUGUUUGUUUGUUUUUUUUUUAAUCUGGGAUCACAUAAUGUGUCAAACCCAUGUAUUGUUACUCAGAAACAUCGUUGUUAAUGCAGCCAUAAAGUAGGUGUUACACAGAAGUGAGGUUUUGUGUCAGAAGAUUUAAUUUAUUCUUAAACUGUGUUGUUUUAACUUUUAGUCAUUUUUAUUUAAUUUUGUUGAUUUGGAUCAAACAUGCAAUUGUCAAUAAUGUUUUUCUAGUUUUUAAAUUUGUGUAGCUGAAGGAUUUUCUGUCUUUGCGUUACAUUUGUAAACACUAACUCUUAUGUGUAGGGUUUUUUUAUUUAAGAACAUUCGAUACUACUUUCUAGUGUCAUGUCAAUGUUAAACCAAUCAGGAAAUAAAGUACCAUAGAUAAGAAAA